AUGAUGGGAUACGGCCUCAGAACGCGUAAAAGAGCCCCGAAUCCAGGCAACAAUCCGCCUCCAGCCAACAAGGACGUUGAACCGGCCCAAGAAGUAGAACCUCCUCUCACUCGAGAAGGUCUCGAGAAGUUGAACCGCAGGGAGCUGCAAGCCGUCGCAAAGAAACAUAAAGUCCCAGCCAACCUCAAGUCGCAGGUUAUAAUCGAAGAGCUUCUGAAGAAACACGAUGCCACCAACGCGUCCACUUCAGCACAAGCGCAAGUUAGCCAGAUCGACCAAACCUCCGGGAUCCCAGAGCAAGCGACAGCCACAGAGCUCAAGGAACUGAGCCCCAUGGAACCGACCACCAGAGUGUCCCCGAACGCAUCCCGUCCAGAAGGCGAAGGCGAGUUGCCUCCAGUUCCCGCACCGGCUGGCAGCAUCCCAUUCCCGAGGACAAGUAUUGCUCUCCCAGCGCCGCAGCAGCUGGCACCCCAGUCUGCGUCGGCCUUCGGCAGAAUUCCUUCGGUAGCCAACCCUCGCGUUCGACCACCGACAGUCGAUCCUCGCGUUCGACCACCGACAGUCGAUCCUCGCGUUCGACCCUCCAUUGUUGAUCCUCGCGUUCGAGCCACUGUUGAUCCUCGCGCUCGACCCCCUGCUGCGGACCCUCGCAUCCAACCACCCACUGCCGAUCCUCGCGUUCGACAACCGACUGCGGACCCUCGGGUUCGACCCACUGUCGACCCUCGCGUUCGGCCAACUGUCGAUCCUCGCGUUCGACCUACUGCUGAUCCUCGCAUCCAACCACCCACUGCCGAUCCUCGCGUUCGACAACCGACUGCGGACCCUCGCGUUCGACCUACUGCUGAUCCUCGCAUCCAACCACCCACUGCCGAUCCUCGCGUUCGACAACCGACUGCGGACCCUCGCGUUCGGCCAACUGUCGAUCCUCGCGUUCGACCCACUGCUGAUCCUCGCGUUCGACCACCUCCCGUCGGCCCCACGCGCGAUAGUCCCGCAAGGGAUGACCAUGACCAACCCCUCAUUGGAUCAGACGGAUGCACCAUUUCGCCAGCCAGUCAGAACGCUCAAUCUCCCAUCGAUACCGAUAGCCCCUCCGGCGAUGGGUACCGCAACCAAGCUCAGCCUCUCAUUGGUUCGGAUGGGUGGACGGUCUCCCCGACCAGCGGCAAUGUCGCGCCCCCUGCCCCCCAACCCAUGAUUGGUUCAGAUGGAUGUACCAUCACCCUAGUUGGCAGCGAUGCUGCCCCUCUUGUUCCUCCGCACCCAGGGAUCGGAUCGGAUGGAUGUACCAUCACCCCACCCGAGAGCAGCAACGGCGCACUCGGGCGACGAAUGGUAGAGCGCGAGCUCGCACCGCCCUACAUCCACCCAUUCGAUUACUCGGUGUCGACGUUCGGCCGCGGUCGCCUUGCCCCUCGACCUGCCGUCAUGGAGUCCAGUAGUCCUUCGAGCGAAGGCGAGCUCCCCUCAGCUAGUCAGCCAGAAGAGAGGGCUCCGACCCCGGAACCAAGAGAGCGUACAGCUCUCAGCCUGUACCGGGCUAAAUACGGCCCAGUAUUCAGGGCACCUCCACCAGCCCCCAAGACUCCUCCCCCAGCUGUCGGUGAGAACCCGCCACUCGAGAAAGACGACGAAGACGCAGAGCAUGUCCCAGUUCAACCGAAUUCCGUUGUAGGACCUGCUGGAGGCACCCCUUUCCCAAUCCAGAAGCAGUCGACUUCGAUCAUUGGACCCGCUGGCGGCACCCCAUUCCCCUUCCAAAAGAAGGGAAAGACUACCGAAGGCGCUCCGGAGCAAUCGACCUCGAUCGUUGGACCCGCUGGCAGUACGCCUUUCCCGUCCCAGAAGAGACGUAAGGUCGCUCGUGAGCCCACUCCCGAAGAGGAACAAGAAGAUCCAGUCACCCCUCCCAGACAAAUCAUUUCCUAUAGCCUGCACCCCGGACUUAUGGCAACCAGCUCGGCAUCCUAUGUGCCCCAGAAGGAAAACACCCUCGCUGAUAUCGUCAACCGCGAUCGUGCCCAAGAGAACCAGUCCAGCGAGAAGUCCAGUAUCGUCAGCGGCAACCCCACGUCCUGGGGUUUCCCUAGCCCCAGGUCUGCCGCCCAACGAGAAAGCACUCCCAGUCACGAGUACGACGAAGACGCGGAGAAUCGCGAUCCAAACGCGUUUGAGGCGUUCGAUUCGCCUCUCAGCCAAGCCAUGUCGCACUCCAGUGUUUUUUCCAGUCCCCCUGCCGUCAUCCCCCCGGAGAAGCUCAGGGUCGGGUCGACCAACAAAGAAGUCCGUGCAAUCCGUCGCGACCUCACCCGCCUCGUCGACAAAGCAGCAGUCCUCGAGGAACAGAUUAGCCUCGAGGAGAUGGUCGCCAUGGCCCUUGAAGAGGACAUCAAGGAGGCCCAGGAAGAGGCCAAGAAAGUCGCCAAAACCCUCAAGUGGGUUGAAGGAAACAUCCUGGAGCCGUGGAAGAAGGACAGGACGAUCCAUGAUGGCACCGGAUAUAUGAAGAAGAAGAAGGACCAAGCCAAGUGGAGGAAAUGGUUGGAGGAGAAUCCGCAGGAGUGGAUGCAAAAGUGCGUGGAUGAAGAGGGCGACGAUGGGGAAGACGACGACGACGAUGACGACGAUGACGAAGGCGACAUCGAUGAUGUUGCCCCUCGGUCGUCCGAGGAUAGCGCCCAGUAUCAAUCGGAGGAUAGUCCUAAGAGCCUCAAGCGUUCUCGUGAGGAGAUGGAGGAGGGGGUGGAGGGGGAGGAAGCCCAAUCGAACAUCGCGGUGAACGCCGGCCAGAAUUCGCCCAUCGACGAAGAUGAUUUCUAUCUCUAG